UCCGCUCGGUCCCCGCCGGCGCCGCGCCCACCAUGCGCCUCAACGGCUCGGCGCCGGGUCCGCGGGGCGCGCCGGGCGCCAAGCCCUUCCCGCUGCCACCCUCGGGGCUGGAGGCGGCGCUCCUGGUCCCCGGCUUCGUUAACGGCUCGGGCAACGAGUCCGAGCGCCUCCGAGCGGCGCCCAGCAGCGACCUGGAUGUGAACACGGACAUCUACUCCAAGGUGCUGGUGACCGCCGUGUACCUGGCGCUCUUCGCGGUGGGCACCGUGGGCAACUCGGUGACGGCGUUCACGCUGGCGCGCAAGAAGUCGCUCCAGAGCCUGCAGAGCACGGUGCAUUACCACCUGGGCAGCCUGGCGCUCUCCGACCUGCUCAUUCUGAUGCUGGCCAUGCCCGUGGAGCUGUACAACUUCAUCUGGGUGCACCACCCCUGGGCCUUCGGCGACGCCGGCUGCCGCGGCUACUACUUCCUGCGCGACGCCUGCACCUACGCCACCGCCCUCAACGUGGCCAGCCUCAGCGUGGAGCGCUACCUGGCCAUCUGCCACCCCUUCAAGGCCAAGACCCUCAUGUCUCGCAGCCGCACCAAGAAGUUCAUCAGUGCCAUCUGGCUGGCCUCGGGCCUGCUGGCCCUGCCCAUGCCCUUCACCAUGGGCCAGCAGAACCGCAGCGCCGACGGCCAUCACCCCGGCGGCCUGGUGUGCACCCCCAUAGUGGGCACCGCCACGAUCAAGGUCGUCAUCCAGGUUAACACCUUCAUGUCCUUCGUGUUCCCCAUGGUGGUCAUCUCCGUCCUGAACACCAUCAUCGCCAACAAGCUGACCAUCAUGGUCAGCCAGGCAUCUGAGCAAGGCCAGGUGUGCGCAGUUGGGGACCAACACAGCUCAUUCAACAUGUCCAUCGAGCCUGGCAGGGUCCAGGCCCUGCGGCACGGCGUUCGGGUCUUACGGGCAGUGGUCAUCGCCUUCGUGGUCUGCUGGCUGCCCUACCACGUCCGGCGUCUCAUGUUCUGCUACAUUUCAGACACGCAGUGGACCCCGUUCCUCUACGACUUUUACCACUACUUCUACAUGCUGACCAACGCCCUCUUCUACAUCAGCUCCGCCGUCAACCCCAUCCUGUACAACCUGGUCUCCGCCAACUUCCGCCAGGCCUUCCUGUCCACCCUGGCCUGCCUCUGUCCCCUGUGGGGGCGCAGGAGGAAGAGGCCAGCCUUCUCCAGGAGGACCAACAGUGUGUCCAGCAACCACACGUUCUCCAGCAACGUCACCCGGGAAACGCUGUACUAGGCGGGGGGG